CUGUCAGUCGGAGUAGCUAUCGGUCAGAGCGGACGUAAUGCAAAUUUGUGUCGAACGGAAGGAAAAGAAAACGACAUUGCUGAUCUAGCUGUGCUUCAGCUCGGUGGAUCGUGGCGUUGUCGUAGGCUGGUGUAGAGAAGUUCGUCUCGUCGAAGGGCGAGAAAGAAGGGAGAGGCGAGUCGAAACAGAGUGAGGCGAUUGGAUAGCCGUCGAUACAGGUGGGGGAAGUGUAAGACCGGGAAAAUCGAAGUAGCAACAGCAGCAGCAGCGGCGGCAGCAGCAGAUUCAGCUGAUCACCACAAACGAUUACGGAUUUGUCGCAUGUUACCGGUUAACCCGCACGACGCACGAGCCCUAAUCUGAACCGUGGAUGUUACAGAAAGGUGGACGAUCGACCAAUGAUUGCGAGUCCGAUAGAUGACCAAUAGCGUCCCCGUGGUUGGAUCGUAUGCUGCAGGAGACGACGGGUAACAGAGAAAGGCCCGACUGUGGCCCGUGAAGGGGAGCGAUAUUUUGGAUGCUGUAAUUGUGGUGGAAGCGGUCUGCGUCGGUGGUGGUCGGUGAAUGAGGAGGAGGAGCUGCACGAUUGAAGACGAGGUUGAAGUGAUAAUUUUCACGCCGAUUAAACGGUUCACAGUGUAGGGACAGAAAAUUGCAAAAGAACAACAUUGCGCACCUCAGAACGGGGGUCGCGAAAUAGAAGAGGUAGACAAUACAACGACAGAGAAACUCCUAACAUACUGUCGUUGGCAGCAUUCAACCCUGCGGUAGGUGGCUGCCAGCGGUAAGCGACGUGAGAGUGGUCGCGGUCGUAGCGGUAGUAGUACCAAAUAAGGGCUACUACUAGCGUACAGGGGCCCUUAACCCCCUGUCACCCCUUUUCUGUCUCCCCGGUUCAAAGCGGCUUAGAAAAUAAACUUUAAUCUGACUCUCGGUUGGUUCGGUGGCACCUCGGAAAUGUCCGACACUGGUAGUGGACACGACGGAGGCGCCCAGAAGGACUAUUCACAAAAGAUGGACGGCGGAGGUGGGCUCGGCGGGGGCGGCGGUGGGCUCGGUGGUGGCGGUGGGGAUUUCGAUUCCGGCCAGCAAAGCAACCAGACGGAGCAGGAGCUCGCGACGAAGAUGCUGCAGAUCCAGUCGAAGCGAUUCUACCUGGACGUAAAGCAGAAUCGCCGUGGGCGCUUCAUCAAGGUAGCGGAAAUCGGGGCGGAUGGGCGGCGCAGUCAAAUUUUCCUGGCGCUUUCGACCGCGGCCGAAUUCCGUGACCACCUGUCGACCUUCAGCGACUACUACGCAUCGCUCGGCCCGCCUAAUCCGGACAAUGUGCCCGAGGAUGGCAAGCUGAAGUCGGAGAUGAUGAUCAAAGACAACCGACGGUACUACCUUGACCUGAAGGAGAACGUGCGGGGCCGGUUUCUGCGCGUCUCCCAGACGAUCACGCGUGGUGGACCACGUUCGCAGAUCGCCAUCCCGGCGCAGGGGAUGAUCGAGUUCCGCGACGCGCUGACGGAUCUGCUCGAGGAGUUCGGGACGAACGACGGUGGCUACAAGGGUGAGCUGCCGGAGGGGCGCCACAUGCGGGUCGACAACAAGAACUUCUACUUCGACAUCGGCCAGAACAGCCGGGGUAUUUACAUGCGGGUGUCGGAGGUGAAGAGUAACUUCCGCACGGCGAUCACGGUGCCGGAAAAGUGCUGGUCACGGUUCCGCGACAUCCUCACCGAUUACUGUGACAAAAUGAAGAAAACGUCCGAGUCAACAACAUCUUCAAUCACUGCCGAUAAUAAUUUACAGAAGCAAACAUCAAAUAAUAUGUAAAAUUUCGAAUUAAACUACAAACAACCGCAAAGCCACACACACACACACACACACACAAAACAAAACCCAACAAACAACAAACUUAGUACACCACAAUUAGAAGAUGGAGGAUAAAAAGCAAAAAUGUGGGUAAUAUAAUUAAUAAUGGAUAAAAUAAUAAUAAUGAUUAUAAUAAAGAUAACAAAUAGAAGAGGAACUGGAAGCAUACCAUGCCAGAUGAAUCGAAAGUCGAAGACAAGAAAUGAAAUGAAAAAUGCAUGAUGCAACCUUGCAGAAAUUAAUAAAAAAUGAAAAUAAUAACAACAACAUUGAAAAGGACAGCACGAUCAAAUCGACAAAUCCAGUGACAUUCUUGUAGGCAAAUGAAUUGGUUCGUUGAAAAUAUGAAGUUUUACCCGAGCAAAUGGUGGUGGGGGGGGUUUUGGAAAAUGUUGAAGCAGGCAGAAAAGGAAGUAAAUGGCAGCACGAGCCUCUAGCACAGGCAUAUAACCGAUAGCAAGAUGAAAUUAAAACAGCCAGGAUUAACAAAAAGGAAGCGAGUUACACAAUAGAUACGAGUGGAGAGCAUCGGGCGAUAGAAAUGCAACUCAGUGGCAAGUGGAGAAUAAAACCACAAUGUAAUUUUUUUUUUUCGUUCCCAAGUUAAUUUCGUUGUCUUGUUCAUAGGCUUUUCUAAUAAGGUUGUUUAAUUUGUGUGUCUCUGUUACUACUUUGUUUAGUUGUUUCCGUAUUGUUUACUUAUUUUCCGUGUUAUUUUUGUUUUGUAGGAAAAAAAUAGGGGAACCAGCUGGGGGAAAACUAGAAGAAAUCCCUUUAUGCUGUUUGGAAAACGGGCAUAUGCGUUUGAUUCACUUUCAAGCAUAACUUACCUGUUCUUCAAAUGCUUGUUGAAACUCAGUCGUGUUGGACAUCCGGGACAGUUUAGACGCGAAACAGAUCAGCAUACGACUCAGACCAGAAACGGGGCGAUAAUUGCGCUAGGCGGGCUUGUUCGCUGUAUAAAAUAAUAAUUUUGAAUCAUAUAGAGCAAGAUGGGAUGAAACCGUUUUAAAAAUGCAUAGCAAGAGUUACAACAGGUUUACAUAAAAAAUAUAGCUAAAAGAAAUAAACUAGUACAGACAAACUGAUUCAUUUGAUAAAAUAAAAAUCCUGGAGGAGCUACGCAAAUGUAAAAGUUGCAUAUAGUACCAGAAAGAAAAAAAACGUAAACACUGAGAAGGACUAUUUUAUGCAGAGAAAAAAAUAAUUCAAUCAUCAAAUCUGGGGAAGCGAAUUAAAGGACACAAAAAACUAAUAUCAUCGAUGGCAUCACAAGGAAAGAAACUCACAAGCUUCCAACAAUUUUAUUUAGUUUGCGCAGCAAUUAUAACAAUUAUAAAUAAGGAAACACAUUAUUUGCAAUUAUUUUAAUCAUUUAAAAAAAUAUAUUGUAUAAUAAUAAUAUAUGUUCUAAUUAACCAUCAACCGAAUCAGAUUGUUGCACCUUUUUUACGCAUAGUGAGUGUGCGUUAUCCAAAAGCAUUAAAAUGUAAGAAAUUUUUAAAUCAAAGGAAAAGGACUAGCAGCUCUUAUUUAAACAGUUUUAUGAAACAAAAAAUUAACCAUAUUUUCCAGUGUUUAUCUAAUAACAAUCAAUUGUUCAGUUCAACGCAACUAAAAGAAUCCAUCCUAUUCGUUUGAAAUAAUCACAUCUUCUCGUAUGUUUAAUCCAUACAAAAAGGGGAUCCAAGCGCCUCGUCCACUAGUUGAAGCAAAGCAAUUGAAUGGUGGUUUGUAUAGAACGAAAAAAUAGAGGAGGAUUAUUCUAACGAAGUCAAUAUAUAUUACUGUUAAAUGUUAAAACCCGAAAGAGCAAAUACGAAUAAACAAAAACAAAUGCACGCAGAAUACAUCCAUACAAAAAACACGACAGCAGCUAAACAGAAAAGUGAACGUUGUACUUCUAAACCGAAGUGAACAACAUAGAAUUACCGACAGAAGUAAAAAGGAAAAGAAUGCCACAAUAUUAUAGAGCCUGAUACAAAAGUAAAAAGCGAAAAGAUGGAUGGAUAGAGGCAAUUAAAAAUGGUGUGUGUUUUAUUUUGAAUCUGGUUAUUUUAGACGAAUCAGUGCUAGUGUUUGACUUUAUGUUACCUUUAUUCGUUUAUUUGCCAAAGUGGGUGAGUUUUUCAACAGUCAUUUAUAUAUUUUUUUGUUGUUCAUUGUUCAUUAGUUUAUUACAAUUUAACGAAGAUAUAGGUCUUUAUCGGAAAGUCUGUAAGCUGUUGUUACCACAAAAACUCCUAUAACAUCGUCUUAUUAUAUUUUGCGCAAGCGUUUUAACAAGAUAUGCAAAAGCUCCAGCAGUAUCUCAACCAAAACCUUACUUGGAGAAGUACAGAACGUUGACACAAUUUUCGUGUACAAUUCGAAAAGAAAAGUUAUAAGAUGUCUACUUGCAUAUGCGGAUCAUGAAAAUUAGUACAAACUAUUGUUAAUAUAGGAGAGGCAAGCGUGUGUUGCAUGGUGGUAUUGUUUUCGCAAGUUGGUUUUUGAGAUCUAUGUGGAAUGAUAUCCUCCAGUCGCGUAUCUGGUCGCUUGGAAAAGAGUUUGAAAAAGCUUAAACUGCGGUAUGUUUGUGCUUGCUUGUUUCGUUAAAUUUUAUUUUUUUACCCAUCUCAUCCAUGAAGUCGCAAACGUGUUCCAUGUACCGGGAUUUAACAUAGUGCAUGAAUAUAAGUACGUUGUAGCAAACGAACGGAAGUAAUGGGAGAAAACAACCAGCAGAAACGGAAGAGAUAGCAGACAAAAUAAAUCGCAAUAACGUAAAUGUUCCGGCAGCCACAAACGAGUGUAAAAGAAACUAGAAACGAAACAAAAAAGUUAGACGACUACUAUCAAACUAUCUAUUAUGAAAUAUUCUGAAAAUUUUAAAUUCUGUUGUUUAUUUUCAAGUCUAUCAUAGUGAAUAAAAAUUAUUAAAAAAAAACAAAUAAUAAAACAAAGUUUGAAUAUAAAGCGUGCGUAGCGAGUGGGCGCCAGGAUGAAGGAAGGUAGACCCGGAGGAAGAUGGAUCAUUUUCUGGAAUGCUAGAAUGCAGAUGCUACCAAGAGAAACAAGUAAACGAUAAAGCCGUACAUAAGCAGCAAAGUGCGAUGCAAAGAAUGCGAAGGAAAAAAAAAACAAAACAAAAAAAGAAGUAAUGAAAAUAAUAUUAAGAGAUACUACCAUAGGUAAAACUAUAUAUAUUAAUAUAAGAAGAAAUUCAAUAAACAAAAGUGAACCCGAAACCGUCAACUUGGGUUUGAAAACCUAGAGCAGUUGGAUACACACAAAUAAAACCGACACGCAAGAAGACUCCGACGUGCUUGCAGGAACUCGAGAUAUCCUGUGCGAAAGUCAAAUGAUGAAAAAACUUCGUUUUGUGGAAAGCAAAAAGUUCACUCAAUUUGCCAUCCUACGGCUCCAAACGGAAAACAGUGAGAACGACAUGAGAAAAUAGCAAUGUUUUCGAAUUUAUACGACACUACCCUAUCGCACAGUGCGAUUUUUAAGAGACCACCCGGAAACCCUGGAUUAUGCGAGUAAGAGUCAGGCCACAUUGCGUACGUCUAAUUUGUUGCAUCUAACAGAAGAUAACGGAAAGGAACAGAAAGGUGUAGAUGAGUAAAUGCAGACAAGCUUUCAAUAUCGAAAGAAGGUUCAAAGAAAACGGUCUAUCACAGAAGGAUAACUCUUGAUUUUCUUUCCUUCAACAUGUGUCCAUGUGUUUGUUCAAAAUUCCCGGUGCAAACUAUGGACUGUAGUAAACCCCUUGAAAAUGUCGCUUUGCCAGGGAGCCGCAUUGCAGUUCUUUCGCACGACUGGAUGGUUCGUCGUCAACAAAUUCAAUAUGUGAUCAUCAAUAAAAACUAAGCUUAAAUCGCAAAUGAACAGUUUUCUACGGUCGCUGCUCACGUGUGUAGUAGAGAAAAAUAAUGGUGAACAGUAUAAAUCAAACUAUGUUUUUGUAAGCCCCGCGCCCAAAAAAAAAAAAACAAAAGGAUGGAGUGCUCUCAACUCAAAAAACAAAUAAAAUAAACCCGACUUUCCUUACUCGCCCGCGAUUGGGUCUCGACGAAAGAACACACACAGAUCCUACUGCAAAGCAAGUAAAUAUUUUACGUUCUCUUCGUCCCGUUGUUCAACAGCGAGAGAGUUUCCUAGAAACUCUGCAUCCUACAUAGUAGCUUUAAUUAAGGGGAAAGCAUAUAUUGUAGUAGAACUGGUCAUAGACGAAUGUGAAAAAUUAUGAAAACAGCGAAACCCAACCGUGAUCAAGCCGUGUGGCAGCUGCGAGGGAGAUCAAAUCUCCUUCGCGUGGAACGCAGCAAAUAACGAGUUCCACCCCAUCAUAAGCGAGCGUGGCAAAUAAGUAUCAUCGAGCAAAGAAAAAGAAGAAAAUUAAAAUUUAAAAUUUCUGUUCUGUAGGUUAUUCAAUACGUAAGAAACGAACGACCAAAAGCAUGUCACGGAACAUUAAGGAAUACAGUUUGAAUCGAUAAAAGGGAUCUGCAAAACCGAUCCAAGUAAAGAGAACAUCAACAACGUAGCAAGUAGCAGAACAUAAAAAAGCGUAGUAUAAAAAAGAUGUCUGCUAAGAAUGAUACUGAGAAAUAACAAAACAAAAAAAAGUGUAACCAAAAGAUGAAAAAUAGAAUGAAAACAAAAGAAAAAAAAAAUACAGUAGAAUGAUUUUGCCCAGCAACAGUAGACAAGACAAUGUAUGAAUAACACAAGUGGAUUGUCAAACUCAGUAAGGGACAUGCAAAGUGCGAUUGUUGGCAAAGGAACACAAAAAGAGAUGAACACAAUUUACAUAGCACACCGUAUCGAUUGCAUACACGGCCACGUAUGGUUACAUAUAGCAAAUGAAUAUUACAGCUACCAGCUGGUAUGGGAUAAAGAUUGUUUUGUUUGUGUUUGUGCGAUUUCUCAAACCAUUGCGAAGUGAUACCUUGAUUGCUGAUUGUUGGUUGCGUUGUUUUUAGUGCAAAAAGUAAACAUUCAUUUUAAUGGAAAAAAUGUCGAUCAAACAAACACGAUAUCCGAAUAUUGUAUGUUUCUUAUUCGUAUAGUAAAGUGUAUUGGAUUCAAAACGGUUGCAAAUCAUCGGAAAAUCGCCACCCAAUAUCGGUUGAAAUAACAUAGAAGAAGCCUCCAGAAAUAUCUUAUUAGUACGUUCGAGUAAAUGGAUACAGAAAGCGAAACGAAAGAGAUAAAUAGUUAAAAUAGUAGUACUAGAUGGACACACAGCUGAGAAAAGAAAACAUAAAAGUGAACAAAUGAAACUAAACUGACAAAAAAAAACAAAUACAAACACACACAAGAAGCAGCAAAGUAAGAAUGAAA